CCAUUUUCCCCAUUUCGCAGCUGUUAGCACCAUUUUGUGAUGAACGAGAAGAGAGAAGACUGAUAGGGCAGUGUAGAUAGCUGUAUAGGUAGAUAAUCGCCAGUUUUCUCGAAAAUAUAAAUUACUAAGGGUCUUAUUUAAUACAAAAAGAGGGGAUUAUUUUAUAAACACGACUUUACCGGAAGUUUGUUUGAUCUAGCGUUUAGAUAUCAGCUGAGUCAGUUAGCUAGCUAGCGCGUGAGCCAAGCAGCUAAUAAAGCUGCGACAGAUUAAAUAUUAACUCCACAGAUACUCGAACAAAGAGCGAGCCGGCAAGUGUGAGAAGAAAAUGAGCUCCCCCUCUACUCAAAAAGUCGUGCUGAAAAGCACCACCAAGGUGUCGCUGAACGAGCGCUUCACAAACAUGAUGAAGAACAAGCAGCCGACCGCCGUUAGCAUCCGGGCGACCAUGCAGCAGCAGCACAUGGCCAGCGCGAGGAACCGCCGUCUCGCCCAGCAGAUGGAGAACAGGCCUUCAGUGCAGGCAGCACUGCAGCACAAACAGAGCCUGAAGCAGCGGCUUGGGAAGAGCAACAUCCAGGCACGGCUGGGCCGGCCCAUUGGCCCGCUGAUGCGGGGAGGUGCCGGGGGUCGUGGCUUCGGCGUGGCAGGAAUGCGAGGAGCCACACGAGGCCUCAGAGGACGAGGAAGAGGAGGUGCCAUGAGAGGAGCGCUGGCUCUUAGAGGUCAGCUGAAGGGCCGAGGUGGCCCGGGGCGUCUGGGUAUUCGGAGGGGAAUGCGUCAGCGUGGCGGAGCCACGGGUCGUGGAGCGGCACGUGGAGGAGCCGGACCCCGAGGUCGCGGAGGUCUGCGCGGUCGUGGCGGUUUCCUCGGCAGAGGCCGUGGGCGAGGUAGAGGCAGAGGAGCAGGACGUCCCGCUGUCACCAGGGAACAGCUGGACAAUCAGCUGGAUGCCUACAUGUCCAAAACCAAGGGACAUCUGGACGCAGAGCUGGAUGCGUACAUGGCCCAAGCUGACCCGGAGAGCAUGGAGUGAUCUGCAGAUGUACACGCUGAUAUCUUGCCAGCCAGGCAUAUAGUUACAGGCAUUUUUUUCCCUGAACGUCCAAUUUAAUCAAAAUGCUAUUUACACUGAACUUUCUACAAAGUGAUGAGAUAUACAGUGAGAGCUGGAUGUACCGUCAGAUGUUAAGCUCCUCAAGCUUAUUUACUGAUUAGAGGGAAAAAGGAGCAUCUUUUAUACAGCAUAGGCUCAUUUAGUGUUCACUCAAUGCCAGUAGAAAUGCUGAUUGAAGGGAAGUGGACAUGGAUAUGUCUGUCCACCCUGUAACACCUUGUUCUGUAACUAGGAGCUUUGCCCCUGACAUGGACCCUCAGAAAACAGACUUUUUGCCCUCUGAGUUUUAUUGAGCUGGACUUUGGGGAAAAUAUUAUUAUUAUUGUUAUUGGUCUACUUUAAAACCUAAUCAGAUUUGUUCUGGCACAUGCUGAAUACACUGUGCUACAAACAUGCUUCCCCUCCAUCUUAUGAUAUUUUAUUGUGAUUUUAAUGGUUAUGUUGUGCUCAGUCAUGUGAUGACUGCCAUUGUUUGUGUAAAAAAAAAAAAAAAAAAAUCCAUUACUUGGUUUAUUGUAAUUCAACAACCAUUUUUACUUUGUCUUUUAAUAAAUAUUGGCCUUGAUGGACAAAAAGCUUUGUGUUUGAUCUUAAGAUGUGAAGCAUCUGUCCUCAUUGAUGGAAGUGCAAUUUUUUAAAUUACUGUUUUACAAAAAUCAAAGCAAAUCUCAGUUAUUCUGUAAUGUAUGUAGUGUAAUCACAUUCAUGGAGUCCAAAUCAUUUAAAUAUUUCAGCCUUUGUUUAUCUUGUGGUGUCUCAGGUGUUUGAUAGGUCUCUUCAAAUGUUACUAAGAGGUGACUGAGCAUUGUAGAUAUUUUAUUUUGAUAAUAUUUUGUGUGAGAUAUUUGAGGUUGUAGUGGUGUAGACCUUCCACUAGAAGAAUACUUGUAAGAAUAUCAGCAGCAAAGAUUGUGAGAUAUUGUAGUUUUAUUAAAAUAACCCUCUUCAUCUUUA